AUGGCUCACCUCUUGCGUGGAAAGCAGGCCGGUGUCAGCAACGACCUCUCCCUGGGCCUGGGCCCUGAUUCAUUCGUGCUCGACCAUAUCCGCAACUACGGCAUCAACUCCAAAGUCACCCAGGUCGCAUACGACCCCGUCCAAUCCCUCCUCGCCGUCGGCACGAGCGACAGCAAGUAUGGUCCCGGCCAGAUCUACAUAUUCGGACAGAAGAGGGUCGAAGUGGUGCUGUCGCUGCCCACGCGCAACGCCUCGAUCAAGAUCCUGCAGUUUUGCGCCGAGAAGCUGCUGUGCGUAGACUCAAAGAACGACUUGUCCGUCUUUUCGCUCGAGACGAAGAAGCUGCUCAACGCCCACUCCCCUCCCGCCCGCAUUACGGCGCUGCACUGCGACCCUACCAUCGAUUACGCGCUGCUCGGUACACAGCACGGUGAGGUGUACGCCUAUGAUCUGGCUAGGGAGGCACUUACGCCCUUCAAGAUUCCCAACUUGUGGAGGGAGAAAUUCCCUCGCUCGCGCCUGACCUCCGUUGUUACGCUCUCACUCCACCCUCGAGAUAUCGGCUCCCUCCUGAUUGGGUACAACUCCGGCGCAGUCAUCUACUCGUUCAAGCAAAACAAAGCCCUGCAUUUCUUCAACUAUGUGGUCCCCAAGGGAGCCCCUGGAGGUGACUCGGAUCCAGUCUCCGUCUCCAAGGAUCGCGAACCUCCGCUUACCCAGGCUGUCUGGCACCCAACCGGCACUUUUGUUCUGACUGGACACGAAGACAGCAGUAUCGUUAUAUGGGAUUCCAAGGAUGGCCGCAUCGUACAAGCGAGAACCUUGACCGAUACAAACGUAGACAAGCCCGGUCCAGGCAGCUUCAGCCCAGGUGCCGUUGAAGGAUCGUUUGCACUCAAGUCCCCCAUCUUCAAGAUUGCGUGGUGUGCGAAUCAGGACCCUGACGAUACCGCUAUCCUCAUCGCUGGUGGACAGCCAUCCAACAUCUCCGCCAAAAGUCUGACGCUUUUCGAGCUGGGUAGAACACCGGUUUACGCGACCGCAUCCUGGCAAGUACUAUCCGAUCACUUCGAGAAUCCCAAGAGGCAAAGGAUACUUCCAUGCCCGCCUGGGACCGAGGUGGUGGACUUGUUCCUCAUUCCAAGGACGUCCCCUCAUUACGCUGGCUGCCACGACCCCAUUGCCAUUCUCGCCUUACUUGCAUCUGGGGAGUUGAUCACUCUCUCUUUUCCAAGCGGAAUGCCCAUCACGCCAACUAAUCAACUGCACCUCUCCAUGACGCUUGUUCAUCCGUAUAUCAAUUAUGCAAAUCUCGCGCCUGUAGAGCGUACACGGUGGCUUGGCAUGACCGAGAAGCGCCAACACGGUCCGCAAUUCCUCAUCGGUGGUGCCGAGGCUGUUCAUCCCCUCAAGCGGUUUGAGAACCGAAACAUCGUGCAGACUGCUCAUGCAGAUGGCACGAUCAGACUAUGGGACGCAGGACAUGCCGAUGAGAUUGAGAACCCUGCAUUGCUACAGGUAGACGUAGCUCGAGCAGUCGGCCGCCCAGAGCAUAUACACGUCACACAAACUUCGUUCGCAGGCGCAGCAUCUGAACUAUCCGUAGGGCUGAAGAGUGGUGAAGUAGUAGUGUUCAGAUGGGGUGUAAACAGGCAUGCUGGACAGGAGUACCCACCCGGUGACAACAAACCGCAAGCGCUUACCAAUAUCUCGGAAAGAAGUGAAGCGGCUCUCAAAGAGGGACUGCUGCCUUUCACUUUGCUUGACGAGGGCAAUGGACCAGUCACCGCCUUGAAACAUUCUGAUGUUGGCUUUGUUGCUGCGGGCUUUGAGGGUGGCAGUCUGGCCAUCAUUGAUUUGCGAGGGCCCGCUGUUAUCUACAGAGCGUCGAUACAGGAAUUUGUCAAGCCGGACAAACGCGCCAGCUUCCGACGGAGUUCAACGCAGGCAGCACCCAAAGCGGAGUGGCCCACUUGCCUCGAGUUCAGUGUUAUGACACUCGAAGAUGACGACUAUUCCAGCAUUCUACUUCACGUCGGUACUAAUCUUGGCCACCUGGCAACCUUCAAGCUACUGCCAGAAUCAAGUGGCCAGUACUCAGUAAAACCUGCGGGUGUGUGCUCGCUUGACGACAAGGUUAUCAGCAUCAGCCCCAUGCACGCCGAAACUGGUCGCCCAGCAUAUGCUUCGCAGUCUGCCGUUGCUGGACUUCGGACUGGCUCGAAGAUUAGCGGCGUCCUUUUAGCCACAACAGCCUCAGGCGCGAGGUUAUUCCGUCCCGCCACGAGUAAAGGAGCGCACAAAACCUUUGAUCAGUUCUUGUGCGAUGCUGCGACUGUAGUGAGGUACGAAGACAAGGGCUACGCAAUGCUUGGGUUGUAUGGAGAUGGAUAUGCGAGAGCGCAUUCGCUACCUGCAUUGAAGGAGAUCGGGUCUGUCAACCUCAGUGAUUUCUUAGACAUCAGGCGCUUCUCUGAGGCAGUCAUUACAAGUACUGGCGACAUCUUUGGCUGGAAAGGGCCUGCGGAAAUGGCUCUUGUCAACGUCUUUGGAACGGGACUGCAAUAUGAACGUGCGAAGGAUGUCUUGCUUAACCCAGAACUUUUGAUUCCGCCCCGACCCACUAUCAGCAAUAUUCAAUGGAUCUCUGGCACCCAAUAUGUAACACCAGCCGACAUGGAUCUUCUCAUUGGUGGUCCUGAUAGGCCCUUAUCAAAUCGUCAAAUGGCGCAGCAGCGAGCAGAGGCAGAGCAGGAACGACGCCGCGCCAAUCCGACCGCAGCCAGCUCUUCUGCCGCUGGAUAUCAGUCCUAUCCUACCCAAGUAUCCCCGACUCAAGAAGGAUGGGGUGCUUGGGCGAGUCGCCAGCUCAACGAGCGUACGGAGAAGCUCAACAUUGUUGGGGAUAGUAUGGACAAUCUUUCGCAAAACAGUGCAGGUUGGGCAAAUGACGUCAACAAGUUUGUCGGAAAGCAGAAGAGAGGGCUAGUCAUGGGUGCUAUGAAGAGCAAAUUCGGAUUUUGA